AUGGCACCUAUCGCAGUUACAGAACCACAUGCAUCGGAGGCCCUGGACCCCAUUGCCAUAAUUGGCAUGGGAUGCCGCUGGCCAGGUGAUUCGGAGACACCCUCCCAACUAUGGGACUUUCUCCAGGCAGAAAGGGACUCUUACAGCAAGUUUCCAAAGGAAAGAAUCAAUGGAGAAGCCUUCUAUCACCCUGAUGGAAGUAGGCCCGGUUCAUUCAAGACUGAAGGUGGAUCUUUCUUGAAGAAAGACGUUCGAUUAUUCGAUGCCAGCUUUUUCGGCAUUCAUCCCAAGGAAGUUCUCACUAUGGAUCCAGCCCAAAGAAAACUCCUAGAGGUAGUCUACGAGUCUUUCGAGUCUGCUGGUGUUCCCCUACAUAAAUUAUCUGGCUCAAACACUGGAACUUUCAUGGGUAACUUCAACUAUGAUCACCAGCUUAUGCAUUACCGAGAUGCUGAGAACGCAAUGCCGUAUUCGGUCACUGGUAGUGGUGUUACUAUUCUUAGUAAUCGGAUCAAUUACAUCUUCAAUCUCAAAGGCCCUUCCAUGACGCUCGACACGGCAUGUUCGAGUUCUCUCUACGCACUUCAUCUCGCUUGUACCGCUAUUCAGACCGGAGAUUGUACAGCUGCCGUUGUCGGGGGUUCCAACCUGAUAUUGACCCCAGAAUGCCAAAUAUUCUCAUCUGUUCUCGGUGCUGUUUCACCAACCUCGGUUUGUCAUACGUUUGACUCCCGCGCCGACGGGUACGCUCGUGCUGAUGGAAUUGGAGCUCUGUUUAUCAAAAAGCUUUCUCAGGCUGUGGCUGAUGGCGAUCCUAUUCGAGGUGUGAUAAGGGGGACUUCUUUUAAUGCCAAUGGUCGGACCGGUGGCAUUACACACCCAAGCCCCGAUGGCCAAGAAGCUUGUAUUCGACGAGCAUAUGAACGUGCUGGUGGUCUCGAUCCAUCGCUCACGGGUUAUUUCGAAUGUCACGGAACAGGAACACCGGUUGGGGAUCCAAUCGAAGUAUCAGCAAUCGGAAGAGUGUUCUCUGAUGUCAAGACUGGUUCCGAUCCGCUAUUGAUUGGUUCAAUCAAGAGUAACAUGGGACAUAGUGAGCCGUCAAGUGGUAUUGCUGGAAUUAUGAAAGCUGUGCUAGCAAUAGAACGAGGUGUCAUCCCGCCCACGAUCGGCAUCGAAAAUCUCAAUCCAAACGUGGACUUGAAAGACGGGCGACUAAAAAUCGUCAUGAAGAGCACUCCAUGGCCGGAUCUUCCCGUUCGAAGAGCAAGUAUUAACUCAUUUGGCUACGGAGGCUCAAAUGCGCAUGCCAUCAUCGAAUCGGUUGAGACACUUCUACCUGGAUAUAGAUCGAGCCACCAGGCCAGUCAGGAGUCUUCGAGUAUGGAGGCUCUCGCCAAAGAGAAUGGAAUUCCACGACUUUCCAGCACCAAUGGCCACACCAAUGGCCACACCAACGGCCACACCAACGGCCACACCAACGGCAUAAGUAAUGGGGGUCAAAUCAAAUUGAACGGAAAUGGCCACAGACCGACACAAAUUCGAAAAAGCCGAUUCCUACUCCCAUUUUCAGCACAUGAUGAAAAGACUCUCCAAGCGAAUUAUGAUGCCUUGGCGAAGACUAUUUCCAGUUGGAGCUUGACGGAUGUUGCUUACACUCUAAGCGCAAGGCGCACCUUGCUAAAUUACCGAUCGUUUGUUAUCACGGAUGUUGACGAAUCAGUCCAAGGACUUCCGGACAGGAAACUUAGCGUUACUAAGAAACGUUCUGCCGGCGAGCCUGUUCUUGGCUUUGUGUUCACAGGACAAGGAGCGCAGUGGCCUCAGAUGGGACAAGCAUUGAUGAAAGAAUAUCCGAGCUUCCUCGCGACGAUUCGGAGGCUUGAUAAGUGCAUUGACGAUCUGGACGAAGCUCUAGGCCGAGACUGGAGCAUUGAGGACGCUUUGCAUCAAAAUGCUGAGCAGAGCUUAGUUAACAACGCGGAACUCUCGCAGCCUCUAGUGACAGCAAUCCAGAUUGGACUUGUGAACCUGCUUUCUAAGUGGAGUGUGACGCCUCAAGCAGUGGUUGGCCAUUCCUCUGGGGAGAUAGCUGCAUGUUAUAGUGCUGGGCUCUUGACCGAAGAAGAGGCUAUGAUCACCGCAUACCUGCGAGGGAAGUCAGUUGCCCAAAACACUACGAAAGGGCUAAUGAUGGCUGUUGGGGGUUCCAUCUCCCAAAUUCAACCCCUGGUCGAUGAAUAUGACGGCGCAAUCACCAUUGCAUGCCAUAACUCCCCUGAAAGUUAUACCUUGAGCGGUGAUCAUCACGCAAUGCUUCAACUCAAGGGGGUACUUGAUCAGAAGCAGAUCUUCUGUCGUGCGCUUUCUACAAGCAAUAACGCCUACCACUCACACCACAUGCAAGCUUUAGGGCCAGACUACGAGAAGCAGCUCGAGUCUUUAAUGCCCAAGAGUACAGCGGUCAAAUCUCUGAAGCGGCGUUCACCAAGCCCACUCAAUAAAGCCGUCUUCUUUUCAUCCGUCCUUGGCAAAGCAGCGCCUUGGUCCUUGCUAGGUUCCAGGUACUGGCGUAAGAAUCUGGAGUCUCCCGUUCUGUUCCAUCAAGCUGUAUCAGAAAUGGUAACGCAGGCAUCCGUGGAUAUUCUUAUCGAAGUAGGACCACAUAGCGCCCUUCAGGGACCCCUCCGACAGCUUUCCAAGGCGAUAGGCAGUGAAACCAAAUUUCCAGAAUAUCUUACGGCGAUUGUCAGAGGCAGCGAUAACGUGAACGACUUACUCACCCUUGCCGGUAACUUGUUCAAUAGAGGAUAUAACGUUGAUCUUGCUCGGGUCAACGCCGCUGAAGGCAGAGCAGAGAAUCAGUAUGAAUUGUGUAAAACCAUCACUGAUUUACCGCCUUACCAAUGGCAGUAUCCAAAGGAAAUCACACUUUUCGAGAACCGAUGGACUAGGGAGUGGCGACUGCGCAUGCACCCCCGACAUGAUAUUCUCGGGAGUCGCAUACCAGGUGCAAAUAAGAACGAGCCAACAUGGCGAAACUUGCUAUGUGUGAACAAUGUCCCAUGGCUCAAGGAUCAUCGGCUCGUAAAAGACAUCGUUUUUCCCUCCACAGGUUACCUCUGCUUGGUACUGGAGGCAGCAACUCAAGUUGUUGAAUUGGAAGGCUAUAAUGCCACUGAUGUGGAAUAUUACGAUAUCCGGGAUGUUAGCCUAUCCAAGGCUUUGAUUGUGCCAGAUGAUGACCGUGGCAUCGAAACUCUGUUUGCCUUACGACCAGCCUCUUUAAAUACCGUGUCUCGUCACCGCUGGCUAUUUGAAUUUGUCCUGACCUCCGUGUCAAGUGAAGAAGGAAAUGAUACAUUCUCCGAGCACUGCCGUGGCCUGGUAGAAAUUAGUUUUGAAAAACACAAUUUCCCUGCAAGCAGAGUCGUGAAAGAGAUUCAGGCUGCUGCCUCGGUCAAGAAGAUAAUCAACGCUUCUCAAUGGUACCAGAAUUUCGCACGAGUUGGACUUUGCUAUGGACCUAUGUUUCAGGGUCUCUCCAACAUCUUCGCAGCAGGGGAGAGUAACAUGAGCGAAGCGCAAGUUGGCCUGGAGCCGACUGCAAAGACAAUGAAAGGCGAAUCGAGAUAUAUUAUACAUCCUGCCACACUUGAUGCUAGCAUGCAACUCUCCAUUCUUGCAGCGCACAAGAGCGUUGCAACAAAGUUCAAACGAGCUUUCAUGCCUACCGCAUUUGAGAGCAUCAAGGUUUGGCCUCAGAUCGCAAGCCAAAGCCACACUUGUGCCCAAUCUUAUGCCAGUGCCACAUUGAAGGGCGUUCGAGGACUGUCUGCCGAAAUUGUACUGCUAGGUGCCGGGGGAAAUCGCAUGCUCGAGGCAAACAAUAUCUUUUUAACAGCAUCUGACCAGUCGGCCCCCAGGCUCAUUGAGGAUCCAUCGCCCUACAGUCGUAUUGUAUGGAAACCCGAGUUUGAACACCUUACAACAACCAUCAUGGAGCAGAUGUAUCCACCAGUGCUUCUGAACAUGGACGCUGUUAUCCCUUCGCUCAACUAUCUCGCUUUACACCAACUCAUACACUUCAAAGCUACAAGCUCAGAGGUGUUUCAACAAGGUUCAGAGGAGCUCCAUUUGCAGAGGCUCCUUGACUGGACGACGCAAAAACUGGAAUCUGCAAAAGGUGACGCAAAUUCUGACGCGAAAAAAAUUACUGAAUAUACAGACGAAUUUCGCGCACAAGAAAUUGAACGGCUCUCAAAUCUUCUGCUUCCACGGUCUUCGGAGGCUCGACUCAUGUGCCAUCUCUACAAUAAUCUUGCAGAUAUUUAUGCAGGAAGAAAGACUGGUAUUCAAGUCGCACUUCAAGAUAAUCUGCUUCUCGACAACUACGAAACAGGCCAAGUCUAUCGCGAAGGUAAUCGGAGGUUGGCUUCCACGGUAGCACUUUAUACCCAUUAUAACCCUGGUCUCCGAAUUCUAGAGGUCGGAGCGGGUACAGGAAGUGCAACCAACGAAAUAUUGCCUGCACUCAAGGGCGAGACUCCCUGGAGGCAAUACCAAGAAUAUCGCUUUACGGAUACUACAACAUCUUUUCUCUCGGGCGCCGAAGAAAGAUUUGCAAGAUUUCAUGGGAUGACUUUUGGCUCUUUUGAUAUGGAAAGAAGCGCUGAAAGCCAGGGCUACGAGCAAGAUUGGGACGUCGUGAUUGCAUCCAACGUCAUCCAUGCCACUUCGGAUAUCAAAAGCACGUUGCUUAAUAUCCAGAGCGUCCUUAAGCCUGGUGGUAAGAUGAUCUUACUCGAAUUGACCCAACCUCAGCUCAGUGCUGGUCUGGUCCUCGGAACCUUCAGCGAUUUCUGGAAGGCAGAAUAUGAUCCCAGCUAUCCACGAUACGAUGGUCCGUUCUUGACUAAGCCACUUUGGAAAACUGUCUUACCAGCGUCUGGCUUUCAGGGUCUUGACUUUUAUUUGGACGACUAUCUUGGAGAUAAUGUCUCUACGACCGUGAUUUGUGCCACCACCAUAGGAGUAGAGCCACGCAUACCAAAGGCGAUCAAAGAACCUCUACAUGAAGGCACCACGAUUAUCUACCGUCAUGCCCCAUCCCCAUUCAUUGAAGCACUGGCUAGCCAUAUCAAGAUCACGCAAGGCAUCGCAGUGGAUAUCAUACCAAUUCAAAAUAUCGAGAAUGUUCGCUUUCAUCGCUUUAUUUUCCUUGUCGAGAUCACGGAUCCAUUCUUCAUCGAUGUCACGCCUGAGGAAUGGAAAGCCCUCCAAACAGCCAUCAAAGAUUCAACAUCUUCCCUGUGGGUUACCAAAGGAGAUCUCAUGAUUGGCAAAGAACCCUUACAUGCCAUGAUCUCCGGUCUUGCUAAGGGCAUGAAGACUGAACGAAGUUCCCUCCGGUUCAGUAUCCUUGACCUCGAUAAAAUUCCUGGAGAAUCCGACGUCGAAGUAUUCAAGCUUAUCUCUCAGCUUGAGAACCGAGUAGCAGAUUCUUUGAACAUCAACAAAGAUUCGGAGUAUCGAUACAAGGAUGGCGUUCUGUAUAUCAGCCGACUGACCGCUGAUGAUACUCUCAACGAGAAAGGUAAAGCCAUUGGGAAUAAAGAUUUCACCACCGAGCAGAUUUCCCUCCAUGAGUUGAAAGAUACCCCUCUCCAACUCGCAAUCGAGAAACCCGGUGUCUUGAGUACGCUCUACUUCAAGCAAGACCCUGAAUUCACCACAUCACUUCCUCCAGAUGCAGUCGAAAUUGAGGUCAAGUUUUCUGGGGUCAACAAUAAAGAUAUUGCCGUUCUCACUGGUCGUCACCAUUCCGACUCUAUUAGCGACGAGUGCUCAGGAAUCAUCACGAAAAUUGGAAGCACCGUUCGCGAUUUCAAAAUUGGUGAUAAGGUGUACUGCCAAUCUUUCGCAAAAUUUGGGAAUUUUGUUCGAGAGAAAGCGGCAUUCUGCCAGCGCCUUGAAGACGGGGAUACUUUUGAGGGAACCUGCACGCUCCCGAUUGCGUUCGGAACCGCUAUCUACGGUCUGAUGGAUCUCGGUCGACUAAGCAGGGGUGAAAGUGUGCUCAUUCAAUCUGCGACUGGAGGUGUAGGCCUUGCUGCUUGCCAAAUAGCACGUAUGAUUGGUGCCGAGAUAUUUGCAACCGUCGGCACGGAAGAAAAGAAGCAAGAGCUGUUGAGUAUGGGCUACGGGAUCGAGGAGGAUCACAUCCUAAACUCCCGUGAUCGUUUCACAGCAAAGAAACUACUCGAGCAGACCGGUGGCAAAGGCAUUGAUGUUAUUUUGUGCAGUUCGCGCGGCGAUCUCAUGCAUGAAUACUGGCGAUGCAUUGCUACCUGCGGUAGAUUCGUGGAGAUUGGACGAACAGAAGUCCUGGACAAUGGGAAUUUGAGCUUGGAUGUAUUCCGACGAAAUGCCACGUUCACUUCGUUUGACCUUGAAGUCAUGAGUUUGAACAAACCGCAGGUGACUGCAAAUCUGAUGAAAACCAUCCAGCAGUUGAAAGCGGAAGGCCACAUCAAAGCUUUACCGCUGCAGACUUUUCAUGUUUCGGAGAUUGACAAGGCAUUUAUGACUUUCACUAAGGGUUCUCAUAUUGGCAAGAUCCUAGUCGACUAUGACCAUGCUGCAGAGCAGGCUCUUACAGUACAACGUAGCCCUUUCACUGCAACAUUUGACCCAAGCGCCGCCUACCUGCUUAUUGGCUGCCUAGGUGGCCUCGGCCGCAGCUUUUCUGCUUGGGCUGUCUCACGGGGUGCCCGCAAUCUCAUCUACCUCUCACGUACUGGCGCUGCAAAGGAUGAAGCCAAAAUAUUCCUUGCAGGGCUAGAGUCUAAGGGAGUUAAUAUCUCCAUCGUGAAAGGAGACGUUACGUCUCUCGUUGACGUUAAAGCGGCUGUCAGCAGCAGCAGCUUGCCAAUAAAAGGCGUCGUACAAGGUGCCCUUACGCUACAAGAUGGCCUCUUCGAGACAAUGUCCUUGGAACGAUUUAACGCAACGGCACUACCAAGAGUAAUCGGAACCUUGAACCUGCAUGAGGCACUGAAAUCUGAACCACUAGAUUUCUUCGAGAUCUGGUCUUCGUGGACGGUCAUUUUCGGAACGGCUACGCAAAGCAAUUACUUGGCCUCUAACUCCUUCUUGGAUGCUUUUGCGCGCCAUCGUCGAGCACAAGGAUUACCGUGUACUAGCUUAGCACUGAGUCAGGUGCUUGGUAUCGGUAUUGUAUCGUACAUGCCCGAGUAUCAACAAGCAAUGAUUCGCAACGGCUUCUAUGGCAACGAUGAGGACGAGUUCUUGCAAUAUUGCGAAGCUGGUAUCUUACCCCCAACUCCUACCGAUACUGCGGACCUAGCUUUCCAUUAUGAUGCUCAGUCCGUCGGUCAUCUUCUCGUGGGCAUCGAGCCAGCGGGCCUGCAAACAGUUGAUCAAAAAUACCCGCUCUCGGAAAUGCUCUGGGCUCGUGACCCCCGUUUCCAGAAUCUGAUUCAAGCCACCUCGUUUCUGGCAUCUGGAGCCCUUGAAAAACGUGCCAAAGGAUCCAAUGAAGAGGAAGGUUCGACGCUAGAUCGCAUCCGGAUGAAGAUCUCCCGAUUACUUUACGUUCCACUAGAUGAGGUAGACGUGGACAAGGCGAUCAAUGAUUAUGGCAUUGAUAGUAUGAUUGCAGCGGAGUUGCGGAAUUGGUUCUUUUCAAGUUUUGGAAGAGAGGUUAGCUUAUUGAAACUGUUGAGUGCGACCAUGACAGUUCAGAGGCUGGCCGAGGAGGCGGAGGUGAAAGUAGAAACAUAG